AGACUUCUUUCACUGCUGCUGUUGGAAGAGCUCACGUGCAAAGCCGCCCCCCUCGGGAGGACGAGCGAGCAAUCCAAAGGAGCAUCAAGCUCUCGCGCUGCUCCGGGCCGACGUCUUUCCCUCGCUUUGCCUUGCAAUUUCCUCGCCUACCAGCAGCGAGCAGCAACCGGACGCCUGCGAGGAGGCUUGCGACGCGCGCGCGCGUGCUCUCUCACUCACUCUCUCACACACACACACCCUCUCUCUCUCUCUCUCACACACACACACACACAUACAGACAUCGAGGGGAGGGGAAGGGAAGGGCUCCGGAGGCUUGGUGUGUUCCUGGGUGGAGGAGGAGAAUCAGUCAGCCAGCCUCAGCCUACAAGGCGCCUCAGUCCAUUCAUCCAGCCAGCCUCAUGCCGGUUCCCGCUCUUUCCCAGCAGUCCGCCGCCUGGGACGCCAACCUGUUUGUGGAGGUCACUCCGGGGCCGCUUGCAGCCUGUGGCUUCUCCCCUUCCUCGCUGCCGUGCGGCGCCUGAUGGGCUUGCCGCUGAGAAGACGGCUGGGAGCUUUACGCUAAGCGAGAAAGCAUCCCGCCUCGCCGCCACCUUGCACACCCACAGCGGAGGGAUUUACUUCGUCUGGAGGAGCAGCUCGAGGGGCUGGCCGCACGCUGGGAAGAAAAUGUUCCUCGACCCAGACGCAGCCAAAGGGACACCUUCCCGUGAUGUCGUCCUGGUUUCAGUCAUCAUUACCAUUAGCCUUAGUGUCACCAUUGUCCUGUGUGGAAUUUGCCAGUGGUGUCAGCGCAAACUGGGCAAGCGUUAUAAAAACUCUUUGGAGACUGUGGGAACUCCAGAUUCCAGCCGAUGCCGGAGUGAAAAGAAAGCCAUUAAUGAUCUAGACAGAGACUUUUGGAAUAACAAUGACAACACAGUGCAGCAGAAAUGGAGUUCCUACCCUCCCAAGGAGUUUAUACUAAACAUAUCACCUUACGCCCCAUAUGGUGAUCCACGACUUUCCCUCAAUGGCUCAUUGCUGUCAGGUGCAAAGUUGGCUGCCUCAGCCACAGCUGGGUUGGCAGGAGAGCGAGAAGGAUGCCACGGAGAGAGGCAGCAGCUCCGAGAGGACGGCAUGAAGAGCAGCGUGUCUGCCCACAGCGAGCCCAGCAUUGGGAAGGCGGGGAGAGGCCGAUGGCAAAUGGUGCAGAGCCAACUAGCAGCAGGGAAGCUCAGCUUAUCCAAGGGCCUCUUCACUCCCCUGGAUGGAUCACCUCUGGACAGGGAAGGCCGUAUGGUGGUGCUAUCACUUGUUUUGGGGCUCUCAGAACAGGACGACUUUGCCAAUAUACCUGAUCUACAAACUACUGGGAACCAGCAGAACCAGAAUUCUCAGGGGGACAAGAGAUUACCCUCUGGAGGGAAAGUUGUCAACACAACACCAGUGCCAGGUCAGACCCAACAUGAGGACACUGAUCACAAAACAGAGCCCCGUUCAUCUGUCUCAGACCUUGUAAAUUCCCUUACUAGUGAGAUGUUGAUGCUUUCCCCUGGAUCUGAGGAUGAUGAGGGACAUGACAGCUCCAGCCGAGAGAAUCUGGGCCGCAUCCAAUUUAGUGUUGGCUAUAAUUUCCAGGAAUCUACUCUCACUGUCAAAAUAUUGAAAGCUCAGGAGCUGCCAGCUAAGGAUUUCAGUGGCACAAGUGACCCUUUUGUCAAAAUCUAUCUCCUGCCAGAUAAAAAGAAUAAACUGGAGACCAAGGUGAAAAGGAAGAACUUAAAUCCACAUUGGAAUGAGACCUUUCUUUUUGAAGGUUUCCCAUAUGAGAAAGUGGUUCAGCGGGUGCUGUAUCUACAGGUCUUGGAUUAUGAUCGGUUUAGUCGUAAUGAUCCAAUUGGGGAAGUUAACAUUCCUCUCAACAAAGUGGACUUGACUCAGAUGCAGACUUUCUGGAAGGAUCUAAAGCCCUGCAGUGAUGGGAGUGGAAGCCGAGGAGAACUCCUUCUGUCCCUUUGCUACAAUCCCUCUGCUAACUCCAUUACUGUGAAUAUUAUCAAAGCUCGGAAUCUUAAAGCCAUGGAUAUUGGGGGAACAUCAGAUCCCUAUGUGAAGGUGUGGCUGAUGUACAAAGAUAAGCGGGUGGAAAAGAAGAAGACAGUGGUGAUGAAGCGAUGCCUGAACCCAGUGUUCAAUGAAUCCUUCCUGUUCGACAUCCCCACAGAGAAGCUGAGGGAGACCACCAUAAUCAUUACGGUCAUGGAUAAGGACAAGCUGAGCCGAAAUGAUGUCAUUGGAAAGGGUGGUACUUUAAGCAAAGACCUCUUAACAAUCUUCCCAAAUAUUUGCAAAGUUGUGAAGAAGCAGUGGGCGUGGCCUUCGGUGUUCCCCAAUCCAUGGAGUAACGACCAUUGCUUCUAUAAUAUAGAUCAGGCCUUUGCACAGGCUCUUCAGGUCCCCAUCAUGGAUGUGCCUGUGGCCUCAUUGGCCACAUCCUCUACCAUAGUGUCGGGUGACGCUGUUGAUAAGCUUAAACCUAAGGAUAGGCGGGCAGAGCUUACCUUAUGUAAUAAUUUCCAAGCUUCUACGUGGGCCAUUAAGUCAGCGGUGGCGGCCCAUUUUGACCGUGCCACGGUCUUAUGGUUGUAUCAGUUACAGGACCAUAUCCCGGCAUCUGACAAAUGCCUCCUACAGGAUAUUACUAAAAUCAUGUCCCCAACCCAGUUCUCUGCAGACACUACGUUUGACUCUGUCAAGAAUGCGUCUCAGGCCCUGUCCACUUAUGUUACAUCCAGGCACCUCCUUUGGCUGUGCAAUUGGCAGGUGGAUAACAAGAACAAAUGGAACCUGGCAGCGGUGCCUUACUCGGGCUCCUCGUUGCUCAGGGAGGCCCUGGAUCUGAUCCUAAUAGAGAAUAAGGACAAGAAAGUAUUGGCUUCCAACUCCAAAUGA